UAGGUUUUUUCGGCGCACAACAUGGAUAAUGUCAUGGCUAAAUAUAUAUUAGCCAUGGAUAAUGUUAUCUGUGCGCACACUAUAAUUUUUUAUUCCAAAUGACCAGAGCACAUGCCGACGCCGUACACCGUUAUAAUUUUUAUGUUUGAGACAGAUUUUGGUUACCGUUUCGGAGUGUUCGGACGCUUCGGCGACUCAUGCUUUUGUGUUUUUCCGCGGUUAGUUAGUACUGUUAGUAGUUACUGUCUUACUGAAGUUAUUUAUUUUCAGCCGCAGUUAAUCUUCACGAAGCCUUUAGGUCCAUCAGUAAAUUGUCGCCGUUGUUGUAGUAUGAUUUACAAUCAAUCUAUUACAUCAGAUCACGUAUAUCAGGCAUAGAGCUGUGUGCAACAAGUCCCGUUGCUGUGAUAAUACAACACUAAUCAAAAGAUUUUACAAUAGUAUGAAAAGCUGGGCUAUGAUAAUAGAUAUAUGGCACUACAGUGUGAAAUUCAUGAAUUGAAAGUUUCAACACAUCUAUAACAACUGAAAGAAUAAAAAAUAUUUCAAAAUCAAAGUACCAAAAUAUCUGUUAUUGGACAGUUUAAUGAUCAAUAUUUUAACUGAAAAUUAUGGAGCAUUUAAAUUCAAAAGACAACAAUAUUCCUAAGUUCAAUAAAAUAGUAAAAGUAUCAAUUGAAAGAUGUGAUAACCUAUUGAAAUUUCAUAAUCGACAAAAAAUCAAAGAAGAAACUUUUGAAUAUAAAGAUUCAGAUAUCACUAUUGAAGAUGACCCUGUUCUCCAAAAACUCAAACAGGAAUACAAUGAUGUUAAUAUUCAGUCUAUUUCAACAAUAGAACAACAAAAUAUUCAUAUAAAUAAUGAGCAGGGAUUGAUUCUCUCAAAUUCUAAUUCUAACGAAAAUGAUGAUACUGCUAUCUGUAAUGGUGUAAAAUAUGAAGUUGACUAUAUUGAUAAUGUGGUUUAUAGUAGCUUUAUUGAAAUUGAACCUAUAAGUUUACAGUUAAUGUCAGAUGAUAGGGAGUCUGAGGAGGAAAAAUCAUACAAUUGUAAUAUCUGUAAAUCAUCAUUUUCAACAAGCAGAGAUUUAAAAAAGCACAAGAAAUCCCAUAAAAAAAAUGACAAAACUGAAAAUCUUCAAACAUUUUCUGAAGAAUUAGACGCGAAUAGCCCUAAUAAAACACCUGAACAGAAAAUAACUUACGACUGCGAAUACUGCAAUAAGGUUUUUAGUGUUAAAUCAAAUUUAACAGUACACAUAAGAUCACAUACUGGUAUAAAACCAUACACAUGUGAUCUGUGUCAAAGAGCUUUUGCUCAGAAACAAAAUUUGAUGUGUCAUAUGAGAACACAUACUGGGUAUAAACCUCAUACGUGUCACAUUUGUAAAAUGACAUUUACUCAUAGUUCAUUGUUAAAAUACCAUAAAUGGAAACACACUGGUGUUAAACCAUUUAAAUGCGAAAUUUGUGUUAGAGAAUUUUCUCGAAAAUCGUGUUUAAUUUUCCAUCAAAAACAUAGCCAUACAGGUGAAAAACUUUUUAAAUGUCAUCUUUGUAAUGAAACAUUUUAUCGAAAAACUUUUUUGAAAAAUCAUAUGCUAGUCCACAAUAUUUUACAAUUAGAAGAAUGUCAUAUUUGUGAGAAAAAGUAUUCUCACAAAUCAAGUUUAAAAAGACAUUUGUUGGGCCAUGUUGGUGAAAAGAUGAUUGAAUGCGCAAUGUGUAAAAAGUCCUUUUAUCGGAAAUCUUGUUUAGUUGCCCAUAUAAAAGUUCAUAUGACAGAAAGACCUUAUGAAUGUAAUCUUUGCAAAUCAACAUUUCCUACAGCAUCAGAACUAAACAGUCAUUCAAUAUCUCACACUGUUGAUAAACCAUUUCAAUGCCAGCUUUGUGACUCGAGUUUUAUAAUAGAAUCACUUUUGAAUAUGCAUAUGAGAUCUCAUACUGGAGAUCGACCAUAUCAAUGCCCUCAUUGUUUAGUGACAUAUGCACAAAUGAAAAGUUACUCUUACCAUUUAAAAACUCACAGAGAUCAUAAAUUGUAUAGAUGUGAUUUAUGUAAGGCAACACUUUUUCAAAAAAGUAAGUUAAUUGAUCAUAUGAGAAUACAUACUGGUACAAAACCUUUUAAAUGUUCUGUUUGUAAUAAGAGAUUUACGCAAAAAGAUGUUUUACAAUCACAUAUAAGAACUCACAAUAUUGAAGAAAAAUAUAAAUGUGAUAUAUGUGAAAUUUAUUUUAAUCUAAAAUCAAAUUUGAUUAAACAUAUUAAAACACAUCCUGCCUUCAAAUCAAAUUUUAAGUGUAGGUUUUGUAAAACAACAUUUUUACAAAAAUUUAAAUAUAUGUAUCAUAUGAAAAUUCACUCUAAAAAUGAUUUUCAUCAAUGUAACGUUUGUGGUAUUUCUUUUCUACUGAAAACCGACAUGAAAAAGCAUGAGAUAACACAUAUAAUUGAAAAGUGUAAUAUUUGUGAUCUAUCUUUCCCUUCAAAAAUAGCGCGUAUAAAUCACGAAAGAAGAAAUCAUACAGAUGUAAUAUAUCAAUGUUUUAUCUGCUGGAAAUUGUUUUAUCAAAAAAUACAAUUAUCACGUCAUAUCAAAUUGCACAUGAAGAACAUGCCAUCUAAAUGUAUACAAUGUAAAGGACCAUUGUUAAAAAAACCUAUUUCAGUUAAGGAAUUAAGAGCCAUAACUGGAAGUAGAAAAAAUGAAUGCGGUGUGUGUUCCGUCAUCUUCUAAUUUACUUAAGACACAAUUUGCUAGAGUAUAUCAAUCACACAGUGUUAGACUGUUUUGAGGCUAUAUUCCCACAUUGUGGCUAAUGUAUGAAUAUUUCUUAUGAACAACGUAUUCUUUACAUCUAGUUUGCAACCAUUACAUUCACUGUCAAUAAUACUCAAAUUUUUUUUUAAAUUGGGACAAAUUGUAUAAAAUAUAUUAAUGUACAUUUUUUUAUAUUUUUUUAACUGUUUUUUUUAAUUAAAUUUACCUAUUACUAA